AUGAUACCCGUAUACCAGCUGCCCGUUCCCGUUUCCUCCACCUUUCAGCACAGGCCGCUCACCGACCCAAGACACAUCCGCCUUCUCCGCCUGCAUCCCGGCCACUUCGCCCUGAGAAAAGACGCCCCGUGGCUCAUCGAGUACGAGAUUGUGCAUGUCAGCCUGGACGCCGCGCCCGCCUUCGAGGCUGUCUCGUACGUGUGGGGCAGCUCGGCCAAGUCACACAUGGUCCGCAUCCUCCCCACCAACCGGACCCUGGCCAUCACCGAAGCCUUGAUCCAGGUGCUGGCCCACCUCAACAAAAGCUCCACUACCGGAUAUCUCUGGAUCGACCAAUUGUGCAUCAACCAGGACGACGAGCUGGAGCGCAACCACCAGGUGUCCAUGAUGGGAGACAUCUACAGCAAAGCCAAGAGAACCCUCGUGUGGCUCGGAGAGCCCGAUGCACAUUCCAACCUUGUCGUGGGCACCUUGGACAUUGUCGGCGAUCGCUCAAAGGACUUUGCCUUCCGCCGGAGCCGGAAAGAAGCUGCACUCCAGGGAAAGAAGGAUGUCGCCCAACUGCGUAUGCAUCUCCAGCAUGCGCUCAACCGCCCUUGCUCCGUGCACUCGGCCGCCAAAGGCGAUAUGAUGGACAUGGAUGACCAGGACGGAUCGAUGGGUGAAGAAGACCCUUGUCAUCAGUGCUUUGAGGAGGCCGCUACGGACAGGGUCAAGGCAGCCUGUGGAGUAAUGAGUCGGCCCUGGGAAGUUCUGUUGGCCAAAGAGGUCUACAUGAUGAUCGGAGACACCAAGCUAUCACCUUGUGAUUUUCACCGCGCCAUUCACGCAAAUCUCCAGGCUCCCAAAAGCAUCUUUGGCAAAGUCGAGUACAACAUGGACGAAGCGCCCGGCCUGCGUCCGCUCAGCUUUCUCACAUACUUCUGGGACUCGUUGGACAAUAACGACAUUCCCAUAUUCUCCUGCAUCCUGGACGACCUUCGAGAUGGUAUUGCCAGCGGGUACUUCAAGGCCUCGAAUCCAAGGGACGUCGUAUACGCCUUUUUAGGCCUUCAUCCCCGAGCAACCCAACUCAUCGCUCCACAUUACUCAUGGUCUGUGCAAGACGUAUACGUCGACGCGGCCAUGGCAGUAGUCGAAGAAACUGGCAAUCUCGACCUUCUCGGAAUCUGCGAUUCCUUCUACCUUAAAGAGACGACCAACGGUCUCCCUUCAUGGGUCCCGGACUGGUCCCGAGCCAGCCUUGCCAGCUCCUUGUUUGGUCCCGGUCGGGAGAGGGGUUUUUGUGCAUCCGGCGCUCUGAAGCACGCUGUCCAGCCAGGACCCCGAUCCCGAUCCCUCUUCGUCAUGGGCAUACUCAUUGACCGCAUCACCGCCAUCCAUCCUCAGCAAUAUCCGCGGGAAAGGCCCGGCUACAUGAUGCACAACGCAGAUGAUGGCGGGAGGAGAGAUUCUCAAGCACCCGACUACUUGGAGCUAGGGAAGACGGCUGAGGAGCUGACAAGAGCGCGGUCACCACAGUUUGCGCCCGUCACAAUGGGAAGAAUUCUGAAUCUGUUACUCUUGAAGGAACAAAGGCUUUCGGACGAUUGCCAGUACACAUGGCGGGACAGGGAAGAAAUUCUGUAUUACGCAGCGGGCAGACAGGUUGCCCAGGGUGCCGGUGACCCUUUGGCGUUGGUGCCGUCGCCUUCUGCCGUCGGAGAUGUGAUCUGGCUCUUAAAAGGCUGUCCGACACCAGUGGUGCUCCGCCCGGCAGCGAGUGGAAGUGGCGCAUAUUAUCUGGUAGGCGCGUGCUACUACGAGGGCGCCAUGCACGGCCAACAUGCCCACCUUCUCGGAAACGCUUGCAGCAUUCAAUUGAUCUGA